GAAACUCGCUGUUACGUUAUCCUAUUUCAAUUUGUGGUGUGCGAAACAGGUUGUUGUUCUUGGCUCCCUCCCUCUCAGAACGAAAACGACGACGCAUUAGUGGAGAGAAGAGAUGCACUCUAUCUUUCCCUGAAUUCCAUUCAAUCUCUUUGAAUGAGCUCCCAUGCCUUUGUUUGAGAUAACGAAUGCACAACUAUCCUUUCGAUAUUCACUCGGAGCCCCAAUGCCAUUUCAUGCGAAAGGGUGUUGGAUUUCCGUUGAGCAGCAUAAAAUGGAAAAGUUCAAUGUGAUUAAAGCAGUUGCUACCUUUGAACCAAAGACUUUGGCUGCAGAAGGAAACUCCAACAACAAGUUGGAGGUAAGUCUGAGUUCUCCGGGCAUUCUGCUUGAAUUUUCUGACGAAGAAACAGAACAACUUGAUGACAGGGAGAAGUUGAGAAGAAUGAGGAUUUCAAAAGCUAAUAAAGGAAACACUCCCUGGAACAAAGGAAGAAAACAUACUCCUGAAACUUUGCAGAAAAUCCGGGAAAAAACACGCCUCGCGAUGCAGAAUCCUAAGGUCAAAAUGAAGUUGAUUAAUCUCGGGCAUGCACAAACUACAGAAACAAGAAUGAAGAUUGGCGCUGGAGUGAAAAUGCGAUGGGAAAAGAGACGUGGAAAGAAGAUGGCGCAGGAUACUUGCUGCUUUGAGUGGCAGGAUUUAAUUGCAGAGGCUUCUAGACAAGGCUAUGUUGGUCAGGAAGAGCUGCAAUGGAAUUCCUAUGAAAUCUUCAACGACCAGCUGAAGCAGGAGUGGUUGGCCAGCGUUGAACAAAGGAAACUAAAAGCAAGGACACCAGGUUGCAGAAGAAGACCCAAGUCCCCUGAACAGAGAAGGAAAAUUGCAGAAGCCAUUACUGCAAAAUGGGCUGAUCCUGAAUACCGUGGAAGAGUUUGCUCUGCAUUGGCCAAGUAUCAUGGCACUGAAGCUGUAGUUGAAAGGAAACCUAGAAGAAAGCCAAGUGAUGGUGCACAACCCACCAGGAAGAAACCUAUAGCAAAAAGAGAUACUAAUACUAGCAUCCAUGUUAAGAGUGGCUCCAAAGUUCAUAAUCCUGCCGUGUUGAAAAAAAUCAAAUCCCCUGCCUAUAAGGAUCCUUUGGUGAAUUCUAAGCUUGAAAUGAUAAAAAACAUUAGAGCACAGAGAGCUGCUGCAGAAACCAAACAAACUGAAGCUGUUGAACGAGCAAGACUAUUGAUUGCUGAAGCUGAGAAAGCUGCCAAGGCACUUGAGGUUGCUGCAACAAAGAGUCCCAUUGCACAGUCUUCUCUGAUAGAAACUAGAAAGCUAAUAGCUGAAGCUAUUCAAUCACUUGAAUCCAUUGAUACACAAGGUAUAACUUACAGUAAUGGUCCUUCAGUUGGUUUGAGUGAGGUCAAUAAGGAAGAAGGAUCGGCAUUUGAAGUUCUAAACCAAUCUCAAAUGGUGGCCCAAGUAAAUGGGCGCACAGAAUUAGCAUCAAGUGACUACAAGUUCUCUGAAGAUUUUGGCAAAUUUUCGUUGGAGAAGCCAGUUAAUGGUGAUCCCAAACUUCACCUAACCAAUGGCUGUGCAUCCUUAACUUUUAGUUUGAGUAGCCAGAUAAAGGAAUCUAGUCCAUCUAGUCAACAAAGGGAAACAGAGCAGGGUCAGAGCAACGAAUACAAAACAGAUCCUUCUCCAACUGUGAUGGGAAUUCCGUCCCUUGAAGAUGAGAUGGUAUCUAGAUCACCUAUAGUAACUAAAAAGUGGGUUUGCGGAAGGCUUGUUGAAGUGGCUGAAGAGAAAAAAUAAAAUGGGUAAAGCUUCACUGAGUUUUCAAACAUAAUACAAAGCAAUGUCAUUAUUUGUUGCAUGUUAUGUAGAUCACCAUAAAAGCCACAAAUAUUUUAUUCUUAACAGCGUGAUCGCAGCUUGCUCAUCCAUGUCCUGAAAUCAUGAGUUGAGUUGUAUCAGCCCCGGAACAGCCAAGUGUAGGCAGAUCGAUGGAGACUAAAAUAGCUAUCUCUAAGGAAAGGGAGCACAUAGAUCACAGGAUCUUCUUGACUUAAUCAUGUUACAUUAAACUGAGUUUAAUCAUAUGAAUAUUUUGUUACAUUACUUUGUAUGAGUUGAUUGCAUGAGUACUUUAUGUUUAGUUGUGUAGCCACUGCGGAGAUUUGAGCCCGAGCAGUGGCAUUUUCCAGUCAGGUAGGACAAUCUGUUUAUACUUGGGGGUCACACCCGAAUUAUGUAGAGUGGGAUAGUGUUGGCUAAGGGUCUACGAAUUUCUCUUUUACUUCUAAUAUUUGGACUUCUCAAUUAGCCCCUCAAAUACAGUAUGAUAAAAAUUCUCUAGCUUUGCCCCUUUGUUGUAGCAUAGUUAAACAUAAGUUGUUUGAAUUCUAACGAGUAAUAUGAAUCGUU